GGCCACGCUGGGUGCACAGCCGGGGUGACAUCAGCUCCCCUGACACCACUGUGCUGAGAGGGGAGCCCAGCCCCGGGGCGUCCAGCUCCCGUAGGUGCUGAGGCCGUCUGCCCGGGACCCCAACCCCUGGGCGAGUGUCCCCAACUCAGUGGACACAGCAAGACUUUCCCCUGCCGACACCUCUGACCUGUGACCUGCACCCAGGACAGCUUCCCGCGGGAGAAGGUGCGGCCCAGGGGCCCGCUGCAGAGUGGUCUAGGGUGCAGGUGAGGCUCAGGCCUCUGUCACCCCUGGUCACCUGUAGCUGAUGCGGCCCCUCAGCCAGAUGUGUGUGGCCGUGGGCAGCAGAGAGGCCCCCACGUGAGCCCACAGGGAGGAAGGGGGAGCCCCGGUGUGGAGUGGUGCCACCAAGACCCCACGCUGAUCUGGACCUCAGAGGAACCACUUGCAAAUGCGAGAUUUUUCUCACUGUCAGUGGGAGGCAAGGUUUGAGAGCUGGAUCCAACCUUCCAGAAAAUGCCAGAAGUUUCCUCAUUUGCCCACCCGGGUGGGUCGCUCACAUGUAGGCGUUGUCUGGGGUGCUCGGAGCCCCUGCUGAUCCCGGGGCCCUCCUCGCACACCGGGGGCUUGGGGAGGGUGGCUGGGCCGGGGAGCUGCCGCCUGCCCCACCUCCCCCUGUGGAGCCUGUGCUGGGGACUUCCCCGCAGGUGGGCCGAGGGGAGGCACCUCUCUUACCUGAGCUCCUGGCAGGAGGGGAUUUCCAGCCACUCACCCUGCCUGGGAAGGGCCUCUCCACUUGCAAUUGCUGAAGUUGACUUCUAAAUAACCGUGUCAUGGCCACCAGGCAGAAGGUGCAAAAGGGACACUCCAGGCCCCCCGUGUCCAGGCCCAGGCCCUUCCUCGGGGUGGCCGUGUGGUCAGGGCAGUGUUGCGUGUGCAUGGCGUGUACGCACGUGUGCUCAGCUGCAUCGGCACGGCCUCACGCCCUACUCUGACCUUUGUUGCCUCCUUAGAGGCCCCACCUCCAAACGCAGCCACACUGCGGGUUAGGGCUUCCACGUGGAUUUGGGGGGACACAGAUCAGCCCAUAAACACCUACCCUGCUCAGGCACACUAGGCUGCUCGAGAUGCACACGCACACGCGUGCACACAGCCACGCACACGUGUACGUGCUCAGUGUGGGCCUGGUCACCAGGCGCCAGGUGGCCACUCUGAGUCUGAGCUACUCUUAGACACCUGAAGAGAUCCCCCCAAAGGUCCAGACAGGGUGGGAGGGGUCUUGCUGACUCAUGCCUUAGUUUACCCAUGUGCUCUGUGCACCUUUUUGCUGAGGGGAUGAGUGGUGGCGGGACAGUGAGCCUCGAGGGGGCCCCCAGGAGCCCCCCGGGCUGGGAGGUAUGGCCAGGCUGGGGGGGCACCCGGCCAGAUGGAGCAGGAGGGAUCCUCGGUUUGCGGUGGGCACAGCCCAGAGGGCCUCGGGGCCUGGCCGUGCCCUGGCUGCAGGUGGCCUGGGGUCCUCGUGUGCGGCUGGGGCACAGGGCAGGACAGAAGCCCCGUGGCUGGGAGGACCCCACACAGGCUGCUUUCUGCAGCCAGCUGGGGUUGGGGUCGCCAGCCUGCCUGGGCCACUUCCUGCUCCUCCUGCCCUCCUGCCCUGCCCCUCCCACAGCCCUUAUAGCCACAUCCUGCAAGGAAAAACCCAGACUCGUGAUCGGCGGAGACGAGGAUGUGUGUGGGGGUUCGGCAGCCAGGGCCCCACGCGCCGGGCUCAGUCCUGCUGCUCCUGGUGCUGCUGCUGGGCGCCGCGGCCCGGCUCAACUGCCCCGGGGACAUGUACCCCCGUGGCGGCCGGUGCUGCCCCGAGUGCCAGCCAGGCACCGGGAUGGUGAGCCGCUGCGACGGCUCCCGGAACACCGAGUGCCAGCCGUGCAAGCCCGGCUUCUACAACGAGGCCGUCAACUAUGAGCCCUGCAAGCCCUGCACCCUGUGCAACCAGCGAAGCGGGAGUGAGCCCAGGCAGAGGUGCACGGCCACGCAGGACACCCUCUGCCGCUGCCAGGCCGGCACCCAGCCCCUGGGCGGCUACAAGCACGGAGUCGACUGCGCCCCGUGCCCCCCAGGCCACUUCUCCCCGGGUGACAACCAAGCAUGCAAGCCCUGGACCAACUGCACCGCGGCGGGGAGACGCACUCUGCGGCCGGCCAGCAACAGCUCAGACGCCGUCUGUGAGGACAGGAGCCCCCCGGCCACACGGACCCCGGAGACCCAGCGCCCCCCCGCCAGGCCCAUCACUGCCCAGCCCACCGCGGCCAGGCCUGGGACGUCACAGGGGCCCUCCACACCCCCCUUGGUGGCCCCCAGGGGCUCUGUGCUGGCCGCUAUCCUGGGCCUGGGCCUGGGCCUGGGGGUGCUGGCCCCCCUGGCUGUGCUGCUAGCCCUGCACCUGCACCGAAGGGCCUGGAGGACACCCCCGGACGCCCCGAAGGGCCCUGGGAGAAACAGCUUCCGGAAGCCCAUCCAAGAGGAGCAGGCCGACGCACACUCCUCCCUGGCCAAGAUCUGAGCCGCGUCCGCUGGGGGGGCUUGCACCCCUCCCAGGUGGGGCCCUAGCUUGUCCGUGGGGCUGUGGGGGGCAGAGGGGGCGCCCCAGGUUCAGGCUGCCACACCUGCCCCCGUGCCGGCCCUACACCCACCACCGGACCUAGGCUCGCCGCUCCGUUCUAGGUGCGCCUGGGCGGGCUCCCGGGCUCUGCUACGUAUGUUGUGCAUACUCCCCGCCCGGGAAGCACCCCAAUAAACAC